UGUGCAUGAAAUGGUUUGUAUUUAUAUAUUGAAUAUAUAAAGUUAGCUCCAAAAGACCCCAUAAUUCACUAGGUGGACAACUAAUCAUCUCAUGUGUAAAACAAUAAUAAUAAUAAUAAUCUAUACAAUACAUUAAAGGAAAGCCGAUGGUGUCCCAAAACGAUAAAUGCCAGAAUGGGGUUUGCUUAGGUGUCGGCAUCAAAGGAUUCUGUGUGUGGUCAUCCAUCUAUUUGAUUCGGAGUUUAGAAAGAGUCCGAUGCUGUGAUGUUCCACUGUAGGAGAGAGUCCUCAUUCCCUCACACACAAAAAAAAAAAAAGAAAAAAAGGAAAAAAAGGAGAGACUUUUCCGUGAAAAAAGAGUUUAGACAAAUAGCAGAAAAAUUAAGAGGAAUUAAAAUGCGCCAGGCUCCGAACCUCACGAGUUAAAAAAGGGGUAAAUAAUAAUUUUAAAACCAGUCUUCCGACUUCUGGGCUGGUUUGGUUUCUUGUGGACCAAGGCCUGAAAUAUGGAAUAUAGCAAAUAGGCUAUGAACACAAGCCGAGGGAAAGAGGUCUCGCCGCCAUUGCUUUUUGCCGCCAUGGCUCCAUAACUUGAAGAGGAGACGAAUGAGAGGAACCCUCGCCCGCUCGACGAGGGCAAUAUCGCCCUUCUCAAAGCCUACACACGCCUGCCCCACCCCCUCCAGUCUCCCCUCGAAUCGUCGUCUUCAGAUCCAAAUCAGUCGGCCUGGAACCCUAGAUUUUUUUUUCUUUUUGUCCUUUUUAAUUUUCCUAGUAUUGUUCUAUAGAGGUAGAAAUCGAGCAUUUGUUUGGAAAUCCUGUAAAAAUUGAAACUUUAUCUGUUGCGUAUAAUUUUUCCGGUAUUUCCUUUUCAAUUCUUGCUUAUAAUGCCUCUGGCUGCUCAAAUCUUUACUGAUUUUGGUCUAAGUUCGGUUCGAUUUGCUAUCCUAUUUUUUGAAUCUUUUGUUCCCCUUUGUUGCACGGAUUUUGUUGUUGGGAUAUGGGUUGAAUAUAUUUCAUGGAUCUGCAAUAUCAUCAAUUGAAAAUUGAAUUGUUGUGUUGUUCUUUGAUGACAGGGUCUAGGACCUUAUUCAGCUAGUAUCAGGAAAGUAGAGAAGGAAAUUAAGGAGAUGACGAAGAAAGUCAAUGAUCUUUGUGGAAUCAAAGAGUCUGACACUGGUUUAGCUGCACCAAGCCAGUGGGAUUUAGUUUCUGAUAAGCAAAUGAUGCAAGAAGAGCAACCUCUAGAGGCCGCUAGGUGCACGGAGAUUGUAAAUCCAAACACAAAAGAUGCUAAAUAUGUGAUAAAUGUAAAGCAAAUUGCCAAGUUUGUGGUUGGCUUGGGUGACAAAGUCUCUCCAACUGAUAUUGAGGAAGGCAUGCGUGUAGGGAGACAACGGAUUUUAGAGCAGAGAAAAUCAUUGCCUAUUGCAUUCAGUUGA